CCGGCCAGCGAAUCUGCUUUUCGCUCGAUUCUUUACCGAUAUUAAAUAUAUUGACCAGUGCCAAAUCUAGUCCACCAAGUCGGGUGUUUCGGUAACCUUUUCACUCAUUAAUCGGCCACCACCCACCGCACAGAUGAACCAUUCCACCGAAAUCAUCCUCACGAUAUCCGGCAUCGUGUUGGUGCACGGUUUGAUCUUCUACUUUCUCACCCGCAAAUCGCGCCACAUCAAGGGAAAACAUGUCGUCGUGACGGGCGGUUCCAGCGGAAUCGGACUUUGGGCGGCGGUCGAGGCAGUGCGAUUGGGUGCUCACGUUACCGUCGUAGCCCGCAAUGUGCCACUUCUCGAGAAAGCCCUGGAAGAGCUGGAAAAGUGGCGGGUUCGCGACACGCAAAAACUCCAGUUCCGUUCGUUGGAUCUGUCGCGCGAUUACGAAGCGGUCAGCAAAACGCUCGAUGAAUUGGAGCGUGACGUCGGCCCAGUCUAUAUGCUGGUCAACUGUGCCGGUAUGGCCAUUUGUGGUACCGUCGAGGACACGUCCGUCUCGGACGCCCAUCGACUGAUGGACGUUAACUACUUCGGCACGUACUAUCCGACGCGCCACGUGCUUCCAAAGAUGAAGGCGGCGGGUGAUGGAAUCAUUGUCAUCACCGCUUCACAGGCCGCCCUGAUGGGUGUGUACGGGUAUGGGGCAUACGCGGCGUCCAAGUUUGCGCUGCGCGGACUCGCCGAAACCAUCGCCAUGGAAGCACGGCACCGUGGCGUCAGUGUAACACUGGCGCUUCCGGCCGAUACCGAUACGCCGGGCUUCGAGAACGAAAACCGCAGCAAACCGGAAGAGACAAAGAUCAUUUCUGGGUCGGGCGGGUUGGCGAAGCCUCAGGACGUGGGUCGCAAGAUUGUGCAGGAUGCGCUCAAGGGGUCGUUCUUCUCGAUUCUCGGCCUCGAAAGCUGGGUGCUGAGCAUUCUGUGCGUUGGAAUGUCCCCGUGGAAGGGACCCCUGUUGUGCUUCGCCCAGUUCUACCUUCUCGGGCCGCUCCGGUUGCUUGGACUGGCGUUGCAAUGGAACUUUCAGCGUAUCAUCAAGAGCUGCGCCAAGCGGCGAGAGCAGGUCUAGGGCCGUGCGGAGACAGAGAGAUGCAAAGGCACAAAACAAAACCCACGAAACACAGUAAACGAUUCCACCAAUGAGUAUUGUAACCUAGUGAGGAGGAAAAAUACCGUAUUUAUGGGCAACAGCACUUGACAAAUCUUCUUUUACUAGCCAUAUUCCUAGGGCUUCACAUUUUGCGCGUGAAGGUCAAAAUACACA